AUGGUCUCAGACAGAACGACGGGCAAUCCGCUCAGCGCGGGAUCUCUCUCGCUGUUCAUGGCAACGGCACUCCCUCGAGGAGAGAGCUCCAAGCUAAAGAGUGGCACCGAAGCCAUAGCACUUGCAGUGCAUGCUGGUAUGCUUGCAGUAGGCUUCAGACUCGUUGGAGUCGGAGAGGACGAAAGGACAGACGCCGAGAACCCGAACCCCUUGCCUGCCACAUGGAACGCCUCUUCAUUAUACACGUUUCGUUACAAGCAUGCGCAGUCCGCGAUGGACUACCACAUCAAUGUACACAGGCUCGGAAGCAAAGCAGCCGUCUCUGCUAUCGCCAUUGGCGACGACCGACCCAAGAAUUUUGACGUCACGACCAAAGAGUACCUGUCCGAAUCCAUGCUUCCUUUGAGCAUACCGGAAGACCAAUCAACAGAAGAUGCCGCCAAGACGCUGAUGGACCUCUUCAUCUCUUCAGGUCGCCUCAACGAUCUUGGUGCGCUGCUCAAGAUGAAAGUCAUCCAAAAGCUAGCACCGAGCCUACAGAAGGCUGGCUACGAAGAAGACAGUAGCACAAGAGACGCGCCAACGCGAGACGACAACUCCACACCGCGGCCAACCAAUCCGCCGAACCCCCGACAACCGCAAGAUCCCGAGCCCGCACGACCCUACCCUUUCAAUGAUCCUCUAGCCGUACCGCGGCAGCCAGGCAGACCGCUGCCUGAGCCCAUACCCGGCUUCGAAGAUGAGUACGAGGUCAACAGGCCAGCACGCGGCGGCCUACGAGACGACCGAUAUCCAGUCGGGAUAGGCCAUGAUGAUCUAUAUCCACCGGGUCUGGGACCAAACGAUCCCCUCCGUCCACACCUUGGGCCAAGCAUACCUCGACCUGGCGGCGGCUUUGGUGGUGGCAUGCAUCCCACAUUCGACGACCCCUUGUUCCGUGGCCAGGGCGGGCAAGGAGGAUAUGACCCUAUGGCACCUCCAGGUGCAAGAUAUGAUCCUGUUGGACCAGGUGGCGCGCCAAGGGACAACCGUGGUGGUGGACCUAGGUUCCCUGGAGGAGGCCUUGGCGGACCACCAAAUCCAUUUGGCGGGUUUGGAGGAAACGAUUUUAUAUGA